ACUUUCGCUAUCCUUAUCGAUCUCAAAGUUCUCUUAUAAAACAUGAAAAAGUUAAACAUCCGAACAAUAAAAUAAUUCCUCAUAUAUAUACUAUAACAGCACCUUCAAACUAUGAUAUCAAGCAAUUCAAAAAUGCAUUUAUUAUUCAAGUAAAAAAACAACUUCAAUUUGGUCGUAAUGCUGUUAAAAACAAAACAAUCCAUUUCAAAGAAAGUAAGAGUUAUGAAGAAUUAGGAAAUUUAUUGAAGGAUAAUAGAUGGGGUAGCAAAGAAGAUGGAUCAGGAACUACAGCUUAUGUUUUAAUGGAAAAUGAGUCUGAAAUGUAUGAAAUUAAUUUUAUAUGGAAAGAAUAUAUAUAUAAAAAACAUUAUUAUUCUUUAUUAUGUGGUUCAGUAAUAUGUUCAUUUAAAACUGAUGUUCAAGAUUUUAUUUUAGAAUAA